AUGGCGAACGCUUCUACCGAAAGCCCCAACCUCUAUGGCAUCGUGGAUAUGGGCAGCAAUGGCAUCCGCUUCUCCAUAACCGACAUCUCCCCCCACGCCGCGCGCAUCAUGCCCAUCCUCUUCCAAGACCGAGCCGGCAUUUCCCUCUACGACGCGCAAUUCUCCGGCCCCACGCGGGGCCCAAUCCCACCCCACAUCACCGACCAAGUCGUUGACCGACUCGCCCAAUUCCAAAUCACCUGCGACGAUUUCCAAGUUCCCAAAGAGAACAUCUACGUCCUAGCUACGGAGGCGACCCGGACGGCCUCGAACUCUGAGGAAUUCAGAGCGCGAAUCAAAGAACGCACCGGGUGGGAAGUCGCUCUCCUCUCGAAGGAAGAUGAAGGGCGCAUCGGGGCAUUAGGCAUUGCGAGCAGCUCUGCCUCCGUGGCAGGCAUCGCCAUGGACCUCGGUGGCGGAAGCACACAGAUUACAUGGGUGAUGGAGACAGAGGGCGCCGUUACGACGAGUCCGAAGGGUUCGUUCAGUUUCCCGUAUGGAGCUGCGGCGUUGACGAAGCGGUUAGAGGAGGCUCAGAAGCAGGGAAAAAAUGCUGUAAAGGAGCUCAAAAGUGAGAUGACGCGGAAUUUCCAAGACGCGUAUCGCCAGCUGGAUGUCCCAGACGCGCUGGUAGAGAUGGCUCGCAGUCGAGGCAGAUUCGACCUGUAUCUCUGCGGCGGCGGGUUCCGCGGCUGGGGAUACGUUCUGAUGAAGCAGAGCAAAGUCAACCCGUAUCCGAUCCCCAUCAUCAACGGAUUUCGCGUCAAGAGAGAGAACUUUCACGACACAGUCUCCGUCCUAGACGUCGUCUCCGACACGAACGAGAAGAUCUUCGGUGUAUCAAAGCGCCGCGCCUCCCAGAUCCCCGCUGUAGCCGUUCUCGUGAACGUGAUCAUGGACGCAUUACCAGAGAUCACUCACAUUCAGUUCUGUCAAGGCGGCGUUCGCGAAGGAUUCCUCUUCAACCGACUACCCAGCGAAGUGCGCGCCCAGGACCCCCUCCUCGCAGCAACGACACCCUACGCACCCCCCUCAGCAACCGCAAUCAAAGACCUCCUCCAGUCCGCACUACCCACCUCACCAUCACCCAUCGCCUCUGUCCAUCCUCCACCGUCCUUCACCACGAACCUAAUCGCAGCCAUAGCCAACCUCCUCUACGCCCACUCCCAAGUCCCCCGCGAAUCCCGCUCCGCUGCAGCCCUCCACAGCACAACGACGGGUCUCCUCUCCUCCACGAACUGUCUCUCCCACGUCGAACGAGCCCUCAUUGCCCUUGUUCUCUGUGAGCGCUGGACCGGGGACCUAGCCCCCAUGGACCAGGCGUACCACAAGCAACUGAGUCGGUGUCUCACGGCGCAGGAAGUCUGGUGGGCUCAGUAUCUGGGGAGAGUGGCUGUUGUAGUCGGGGAUGUGUAUCCCGCUGGGAGGGUGGUGGAAGGGCAGUGGCGGAUCCGGAUUGAGACGGCUUGGGAGGAGAUCGUGAAGAAGGGGGAGAAAUGUGAUUUGUUGAGGGUGAGGGUGCGGAGGAAUGAGGGUGUUACUGCUGUGCUUGAGGAUGUGCUGCGGGAAAGGACGGAGAAGGUUGAGAAGGUUGGGAAGAGGAAGAAUUGGGUGAAGGACUAUGGGGUCAGGGUUGGGGUGAGUAUUUGCUAG